UAAUAGUGAGCCAUUCGAAUUCCCUAACGGGGUGGAAGAGGACGGCUUGUUCCCAAUAGGGAAAGCGGCUUCUAGGGUUUCGGUGAGCGACUAAGCAAUCGCGGUCGUCAUCAGCUGAAUUCCUUGAUAUCUUCGAUCUUGAUCCGGAUCUUCACAGUCGAUCAUGGGGAGGGGCAGGUUCAAGGCCAAGCCCACCGGCCGCAGAAACUUUUCCACCCCUGAAGAGAUGGCUUCUGGUUCGUCAGCUCGCCCUCGCACCUUUAAACAGGUCCAAGUGGAAGUUGAAGAUAAUGAAGAGGAUGAAUCUGAGGAGGAAAGUGACGACUCUGAAGAUGGUACUGAGAAAAAGAAGGGCAUUCUUGACAUUAGUGAGAUUCAAAAUCCAAAUCUGAUAAAACCUAAGAAUGUAAAAGCUAGAACAGCUGAUGUGGAGAACACCCCUGAACUCUCUCGACGUGAAAGAGAAGAGAUAGAGAAACAAAAAGCUCAUGAGCGAUACAUGAUGGCGACGGAACAAGGGAAAACUGAACAAGCACGGAAAGAUUUGGAGCGUCUUGCAUUGAUACGACAACAAAGAGCUGAAGCUGCAAAGAAAAGAGAGGAGGAAAAAACUGCUAAAGAACAGAAGAGGGUCGAAGCUCGCAAGUGAUAAUGAUGCUCUCAAGUGAUAAUAAUACUAUUACUUUCCAUCUGCGUGUAUUUUCCAGUAAACCACAACCCCAAAUCGCACAUUAUUGCAGUAGCAGUCGUUCCAUCGGCUGUUUAAUCAUAUUGAAAUUUCAACUCAGUAACUUUGGACGCUCUGUUCAAUCCGUUUAUUGUCGAUUUGUUGAAACUUGGAUGAUCUGUUGAAUGAAAGAUGUUGAUAUAGUUGAUCUUUUUGUGUUUUCUUUA